UGAUGGUACUUAUCGUGGCUGACAGUCAGGGCAUCACCACCUUCCUGCGUUAACACCCCUGCAGCCUAUCCACCGCUACCAUUUGGAGCCAGUCCAGUUUAAAUUUAGGUUCACCUCAGACCACACACCAUCAUUAUGUCUGACUAUAGAGGGGAGAUGAGAGCCGCUGGCCCUGUCUGUGAUUCUGGGGGAGCUCAUCAUCCUGGCUACGUGGAGCAGCAUGAGGCUGGGCUGCCUGGGACUGUUGGUAUUGAGCAGGGAGGAGUGCCCCAGGCAAAAUCCAUCAAAAAGGAGCUGUUUGCAUGCCGAGGUCUCUUGUGAUCAGGGAAGUCAGUUUCCUUCCUCAGCAGCCUCAUGUCUCCUUCACUGGGUUUGAGGCGUUCUUGCAGGCUAUGGAAAAGCUCAAUGAAGAAUCCUCAACUGUAGCUCUUCUGCUUACUGUGGCAGAUAUUGUCCCUAACUACCACUCAAACAGGAUGUCAUGAUGCUUUCCACCUCACAAGCAGCAGGAUUUUCCACCCUCCUGCAUCCACCCUCCACACCUCACUGCACAGGGCUGACUUCAGGCAUAGUUGUACUCAAUAUAUGAGGAUGCACACCCCAGCGUCAAUACCAUCUGCCAGCUCGUCACUGGGCACCAGCCAGGUGCUGUGCACGCUCUCACCCCACAACAGCACUGCCUGCUGGGAUCAGCCUCGCUGUGCCAACUGUUGAUCAUCAUGUCCUCCCAUUCCCACCCAGAGACUCAUUAUUAACCCAGGGACAAGCUGCGCUUAAUAUGGAUUUACAGUCGACUACAGAUGGAUUCAGAGUUUCCCAGGUUGUUUCCCUCGAGAUGCAGCCUGUGUGGAAGCACACCUUUCGGUUUCUGGAACGAGACUGUGCUACCAUGUUUACUGGAGCUGCUGCUCUGAUGUGGGAGUACUACUCCAUAACCACUGGUAACAUGAGGACUAAAGUCAAACAUUUACAGGGAGAACAUGUGAAACUAAACUGUUGCUAAAUCAGGAAUGUUUGCACAGUUUUUAAUGUGCCCUGAAACCUUCCAGAAGGGCCAAGUGUUUCUACAGUGUUGUCUGUAUGUUUGUUGAUGUAUGCAGAUAACUCAGUCAUCCACAUGGCUCCUCCACCAGGAACUAUACAGGAAGCUGAUGUCAGAACUAGGGCAGAAGGGGAUGAGGAGCUCCACUGCAGCAGCACAGACAUAAAACAGGAACUGAACAGCCUUGAAUUCCUGUUGUGACGAGUCCAGGUUGAUUGUUCUGACUUGAUGACAGAGCUCCAACUUUCACAUCCACCAUCCGUUACGUGUUCACUCUUCUGUUAAGGACAUUUUCUGUUGGAUGAAGACCUCGAAAAAGACGAAAUCACUCAGCAGCCCUGUAGCUAUAAAGCUUCAGAAGGAUGGAUACAACCUCCCAUCCCAUGAUGCCCUGGCACAGAUCCUACCAAAUUACCACUACCUUUUCAAGGGAGCGAAGACUGAGCUCCACCGAGCAGCCCACCAAGAACAGGAGAGACCAGCUGAAAGGCCAGAGGCUACAUAUGCCAACAAACCCAACAUAAACCACACCUAUCAAGUGCAUCAUCCACAUAAACGACCCCCUCUGCAUAACUUUGAGGAAGAUCUCCACAUGGCAGAGAUCACUGACCUCCAAACUAAGGAGGUGCAAAACUAUCGUUCAGCCAUGAGUAAGAUGGCAGAAGACAUCAUAGCACUGAGGAUACAGGUGGUGACGUUGGAGGCAGAAAACAGCCAGCUCCGCAUUGAUCUGUCUCUGCACCAGGAUCUUGGUCGAGAUCUGCUGGGCGACACAGACAUCGACGUCAUGACCAAGGCUGAGAUUACUGACCGUAUAGCCUCCCUGAAAUUCAAGCUGGCCAGUGAGACCAGUAAGGCUGUCUCGCAAAGGGACAGGAUCCAACAACUGCAGAAUGACCUGAUCAAGAAGAAUGACAGUGAGAAGGAGCUUCUAAAGCGUCAAAGACUCCACCAGCAGCAGCAGGAGGAUCUGCAGCACCACCAGAGUCGCUUGGCAAACAUGGCAACUUUGGAGGCCACAGUGAAACAGCAGGAAAAGGUCAUUGAGAAGAUGGAGAAAGCAUUAGAUAGCAAACUCAGAGAGAUGAAUAAACAGAGUGGUGACAAAAGGCUGGUGGCGAAAAAGCAAAGAGGUGAGACUGGCCACAGAAAAGAAGAGAUGGAGUUGGCCCUGGCAGCAGAAAACACUCGUCUCAGAGAAGAGCUGGACAGGAUUCGCCAGCAGCCUGCCGCAGUCAUUAUACAGCAGUCAGCACAGACAAAAGACGCACUGCCAGUCAAGGAGAGACUGAGUUUACUGAACAACCUGGAGAAGGCUGAGGCAAGAGUCCAAACACUGGAGGCUCAGCUGGAGGAUAACUCUAAAUUAUGGGGGAGACAGAAACAAGAAAUGUUGACCAGACUGAGUGAGAACAGGCAUGGCUUUGUCCGGACAUCCAACACAAUCCUUCAUAAUGUUCCGUCGAGGUCGAUAUCAGAGUCAUUGUGUCAGAAAAGCAGACAGAGGAAGCAGAAGCCCAUAAAAUGACCUGCAAAUUAACUAGUGAAAGGUUGACCGACUAAACACACACACACAGUUUUUCUUUGUUUUAAUGUUCCAAAUAAGAUAUUUUCAUCUAAUAAAUAUAUUUAGAUAGUAAAAUAUGUUAUAAAAUUACAUAUUACAAGACAUAUUUUGAAUCAGUUGUAUUGUUUUAUUCAUCACUGGUUUAUACUGUAUAUAUAGGUAUUUUAAGAUACUUUUGCCAUGUGCACAUGGAAUAAAGGUUCUGUACAUUCCA